AUCACAUGCGCUCGUCAGCAGCCGCACACGCACUAUCAUACUCACGCGCGGCGAUCGUCCGUCCCGUUCCGUCUCGUAACGUUUCGAGCACGCUCCUCGAACUCGGCGGAUUUACAAUAAAAUUUAUAAUAUUAAUUAGUUAUCGAACGCCUAUAUAUAUAUACACUGCAUAAGAAGUUAAAAAGUCGUAAACGGUUAUGUAGUGUUUCGUGGUAUUAACCGUGUACCUCCGCAUAAAAUAUGUUUUAAACGCACUCGCAAGUAUCGUCAGGGCACAUCAAUUAUAUGACAUUUUCUGUCGACAAACGUUAAGUGCGAUUCACGGGGCUAUACUUUGUGAUACGGGAUUGUCAGUAAUCUGUGCAACUACAAUCGGUGCGUAAUCGUCGCCAAUUUUUUCGUUCUGCGAACCGUUUUUAAUUUAUAAUAUUAUAUAUUUACUGUGCGUAAAUAUAUAAUAUUACAUUGGCACCGUUUGCUCGUUUUUGUUUAUGUGCGCGCGAAUAAUACGUAUUUGUGUGUGUGUGUCCUUUGCAGCGGUCGCAUAAAUGGUCAGGAAACCGAAAGACGCGAACAUGAUAUCGGCGAAACCGAAUAGCAAAAUGAACGAUCACGUGGCUCGGCUGCGGGUGGUGCAAGAGGUGUCAUCGCGGAACAGUUCGGCCAGCUGGAAUAGUUCGUGCACGUUUUCGACCGAACAGAGUUUUCAAGACCAACCAAGACCACCGGUGUAUAAUGUGGAAGAUUAUGCUGGAUCCCUGCGAAAAUUUGGAAAACGAGGGCCUACGUCGGACGCCAACAAUGGUGACUCACCCGAACCGAAAGAAACCGAAAUGACACUAAAAGAAUUCACAUCAGCUACCGAGCUACUGGAAAAACUAAGUUCCGACCUAAAGCUUGCGUAUUUCAGCUUCGUACAAGAAUUCGUCGGCGACCCAAUAGACGGAGUGACGUUGUUGCUGGAGCUCCUGAAAACUAUCCAACAAAACGGCACACAAACAAAAUGUACUCCAGCAAACCAGCGCCGUAUCACAUUGGACGAAAACGCGUGCCUGCAAUGUUUGAAGUAUUGCCUACGCUGUCAGGAUGCGGCUAGGAAAUUGGCUAUAUCUCCGGCCGGGCUGUAUACGCUCGCCGCGUGCAUCAUGAGCACUGUUAAUCAGUCUCGUCUACUGACUUUGGAGUUACUAACCAAGGCGUGCUGUGAAUCAGGUACGGUAGACGGACACAAUACGGUUUCGGACGCGAUGAGUACCAUGCGACUUAGAUUUGCCGAGCCCGUCAGAUUCAGAUUUCUAGUGGGAAUGAUGUCCGGUAGCGGCAGUUCCGGUAUGGAACUGCUGUUGGCUGGCUUAAAGUUUAUAAACGCCUUCACAGAAACAUGUCCGGAUCUUCAGACAAAGUUUUAUGUGCAAGCCGAACUCAAACAAGCUGGUUUUAAACCUGCAGCUAUACUAAAAAAUAUUUCCAACAAAUCUCCAUUGUUGAGUUCCGUAUCAGAUGAGAUAUACAGAUGGCAGAAAAAUUUCAUAAAUGUUGAAUCACUAAAAAGACAGCAUGAUGAGGUCAUCAGAGAGGCUAAGUCUCUUAGAGAGAAAGUAGUCAUGCUAGAAAAAAAAAUUCACCUUCUCCAAGAAGAGAAACGUGUAAUUUCUUCGCGCAAAGAUCACGCGGAUAUAUCGCAAAAGAAUAAAAUUGAAGGCGGGGGUAAUUCUGCUGAAGACGAAGGUAUCAGUUCUUCCGAACAAGACGACUGCGAAGAAGAAGUAUCGUCUAAGAAAGUAAAGGUUCCCUACAAAAUGUAUAGCGUAUCACAAGGUGAUACGACCAUUGAGGAAGUGCUUGAAGACUUUGAUAAGGUCAUAAAUGAUGCGUCCACUGAGUCGGGUGGUGGACGAAAGAUGUCGUCAGUGAGCAGCGAUAAUUCCAAACGGUAUUACGAGUAUUCCGACACGGACGACGUGGUAAUCAUACCUACCAGAAUUGUUCCCGAACCACCAAGGAGGUCCAGGAGCUUAUUCAUGAACAAAAACUUUGAAGUCAAUCCAUUUUUCGAGGACGACGAGGAGAGCAACGACUCCGAGUGCGCUUACGAGGAGGAUGAUGAGGAAAUUAAGUCCAAAAUAAAACGGAGCGAAACGUUUCAUUCGGUCCAGAAACAGAUAAAACGGUUUUCAGAUCUGGCGCUGCACAGUCACCGCGUGGAGGACGAGGAGAAAACCAAGGACGGAGGUAGACGAAAAUCGAUAUACAACGUCUUCGGCAACGCGACUCAACCGGAAAACUCGAUGUAUGCUCACAAUAGACCGGUAACGAGGUCAGCGAGCACUAGGAACGUCAACGAUUCACGGAUACCUGUCAUAAGGUUCGACCACUGCAAGUCCGAAAGGUCCGUGUACUUACCAAUGGGUAGCAAGGUCACUAAAGAACCCAAGGUCUUCAUGACCCGGGGCCACAACAACGCUGGACUGUAUUCCGGAUACAAGGACUCCACCACCACCACCACCGUCGGCGGAGGAAAAGACCCGAGUUCUAAGUGCAAGCUGAGUUCAGGUGGUAGUUCAAACGGCUUGAAAGCGCUACAGCACAUCAACAUGUCUGUUUCCACGGGGAAGCUCACAGAUUUCCCAUCGGGACUCUAUUAGACUGAACAUGUAGAGAAUACAUCUACGUUAUAUGAUAAUUUAUUAUGAUUAUGGUAUUAGUGUUAUUUUUAAACGUUGGCGUUCUUAAUGUACAUACUCGUACGUAUUAUAUAGCAUUAUGUAGCUUAUAGUUGAUUAAAAGAAAAAAACAAACACUGUAAGCUUAAAAUAUUAUGUCGUUUCAUUGUGAUUGUUAAGCCUAUCGAGUAUAAACUAUAAUUAUGGUGUUUAGCGAGUACAAUUUAAUUCAUUUACCAACAGUUGUACAAAGUUUUAAAGUAGGUAUAUGGUACAUAGGUAUAUUGGUUAAAGUACAAUAUUGAUUACCGCUUGACUGAAUAGCAUCUCUGUUAGCCUUUACGUGUUUUGAUUAAGAAUUAUUUUUUAAUAAUAAUAAUAUAAUAAUAUACUUAAAUUUAGACGAAACGCCAAGUAUUUCUCUUUAAAAUUCUCUCCAAAGGUAAAAUUUAGAAUAAAUACGUAGUAUAAAUUCACAAGCAUAUAAUUUGUAUGUUUACAAGGUAAUUAUUAGUUAUAUAAGGUAAAAAAAUGUA